UAUGUGUUGUUGCCAUAUAAAACUGUACAUGUCGCAAUUCCUCUUAUUCACAGCUGUUAGGUACAGAAAAGGGAUAUACACGUGACAUUAUGCAGGGUUGGAGUCUUAUACAUGUAGAAUCAGUAGCAAUAGUCUUUUUUGUGUGUUUUUUAAAUUUAAUCCAAGAGCGAUAAUUUGAUCAAAUCUUUUUGUUGAGAAAGCCCCAAAUGCCUGCCUUACCAUAACUUUCUAUUUCCCAGACAUUGCCAAUAUAUAUGUAUGUAUGUAUAUUGAUUUAAUGAUACUGUGGUUCAAGUUUCUAAUAUUUGUGAAAACAUUAGAGGACCAACUAGAGGGAUUGUCAUUGAAAAUGGAAAUGUACUUCAGUUAUUAGACAAUAAAUAUCUACAUACUGUACAUACAUGUAUUUAAACCUUUCCAAGCUUGAACUAGCCUAAUCAUGACACUGUUUAAUUAUUGUUUCUAAAAGUCUAGUGAAGGACUAUAAAAGAAUUGAAGAACAAUGUUGUAUGUGACAUACACCCCAAAUGUAAUUGUGAUUUGUGUAAAUGUACUGAAUUUGUGAAUCCUUUCUUAUUUACAGACAUACAUGUCAUUGACAAUGUAUGCCGUUGUAGUUUUUGUGGAGACGGAUGAAGUAGAGCUUGUUGCUUCCAACUGGUUACAGUCUCAGACAAAAACUUUUUGGCCACCGUAUCGCAAUAUGUCUAACGUAACUAAAGCUGUAAAAGACAGAGUAGCAGCUGACAAAACUUGGCCAAGUUACAGCAUUCGCAUCCUGUCUGCUUGUGAUAGCUAUGAGGAUGGCAGAAGAAAGCUUCGAAUGGCCGAGGAAACCUCAGACAUACAAACAGAUGAUGAAGUUGGAAUGGGGAAGGGUGCAAGAAGGCGCAAAGAGCGAACACUAUACAGCGACACAGACGAUGAUGGUGAUGAUGAAGCUGUUGCCGGACCAGUUAAACGCAAACAUCUCCCCCCAGCCCCGCCAGUCCCACCUUUUCCAAGCCUCCAUGUUCCUGCUGGUAUACAAGUGGACAAUCGACAAGCCACAGACAGAGAAAUACUAAAGGCUAUCAGUGCUGUCCAGGUAUCUUUGGAUGAAGUCCGCAAAGAGGUUUUGUCCCAAAGACAGCUGCUGAACAUGAUGAUCAGCAAAGAGGCAUCAAGUGGCACCAUAGAUGUGAUGGAUACCUUUCCAAUAAAGUCCAUGGAAGAGCUGGAUGGAAUGGAAAACAAAAUUGAAGAUAAAGAAAUUGCUAAAUCACUGGUCAAUCAACUCAGCCUCAUCGGGGGUUCUAAUCUUAAGGAGGCGACCAGACGGGUGAUGUCUCAAACCAUAUCCCAUAAUGUUGCUCUGAACCUUAAUUGGGCAGGGAGGAAGGGCUGGAAAGGUCAGCAGACUGAACCGAAGAGAGCAUUUGGUGGUCUGCGCCUAUGCGCUGCAAUGAAAAAAGCGAUGCUGAAGAACGUUGCCUUCAAAACAACAGAAGACCAGGUCGAGAGAGAAAUGAUGAUAUGGCUUCGCAACGCCUGCGACAGGCAUGGGGGCAGGAAGAGGCGCGCUGAGUCUCAAGCCACUGUGUCAGUAGUGACUGUUUCGGAAAACAGCAAAAUCGCUGAAAUCACUGAAAAUGAACUUUGAUCGGUCCGAGCUAUUUUCCUGUGCUUGAUUUAAGAGUCAACUCUUUUUGUGCCAUUGGUGCAGGUGGGAUCAAUUAAACUAUUUGAAACUUACAUAUACAUGUUGGUUGAGUUCCUUACUUUAUAAAUGUAAGUAAGUUCUGAAACUGUUUUGGUGAUUCACUGGUCUCCCACCAGUUUGUAUUCUUCAUCAAACCUUUUGCCAAGAGCUGCUAUGGUAACAUUUUCAACCUUAAAGCCAAAGGUUUUGACAGUCGUACUGUUUGGCAUAUAUGUUGCUUUCUUGUCGACCAAUAGAAAAAGGUUAAAAAAAUAUCAAGGUAGGGUUACUGCAAAUAUCAAUUUAACAAAUGUCGCUGAAUGAUUACUUUUAUUCCUAGGAAAAGCA